UUGCUCCCUUUAACACACAACUACACCCAGCUUCUGUUAUGGCAGGGGCUGCACAUUGGCAUUUACCAAACAGCCGCGGCAUGCCACUCUCCCUGACAGCACCUCCCUGCCUUCUCAGGAGACAGACAGGCUGAACUCGCUGAGAGCAGACGGUAGUGGACUAUCUGGCAAACACUCCCUCAAAUCAGCGGGGGGAAAGUGGGGAAAACUGCUGAACAUGUCACAAGAGGUCCAACCAGAUAAUGUGUCAGCAAAUUUUUGGAGGAACUGAGGAGAACAAAUGAUGGCAACACAAAAUGGAAAUAUUGCACCUUGUAAAACAGCACAGAACGGAAUCAAAGCGAAACCCCCGUACUCAGUGGAAACCCCUUAUGGCUUCCGACUUGACCUGGACUUCCUGAAAUAUGUAGACGACAUAGAGAAAGGGAACACCAUCAAAAGAAUUCCCAUUCAGCGCAGAAGCAAGGGAGCCCGUGCAAGCACUUUACCGAGGCACCUCAAUGCUUCUGGGUGUGGCUACCGCCCAAGCCCCUGGGGAUCUACCGGAGCUCUUGGCCCCAGGUCUCGAUUGUCAGAUGCCCAUCACCAUGGCUACACUUCCUGGGCAUAUGAUCACAGGCCACCUCUCUCUCCCACAGGGUUUAAGUCUUUGGCAGAGAUGGAGGCCAGAAUCAAGGAGUUUGACGAGCAGCCUCUAGGGGAACAUAUCAGACCUCAUCUCCUCCGUGCCUCCAGUCUGCCACUCACUGUAUUACUAAGACAAGGGUCCGAGUCCACAGAUGACCACAGCAGCCUCUGGAGUUCAAAGGAUCACCUUGGAGGAAGAAACAUCUCAUGUGAAGACGUUUUCCACUCUUCAGACAGCCCUCGGCCACAGGACUGCUCAGGGUUAUUGAGGCGUCUGACCGAAGCUCUUGAACGAGUGGGGGAACUUGAGAUGGAAGUGAGGGUCAUUCCAGAGCUCAGAGCGCAGAUCUGCAUCCUCCAGGAGGAAAGAGAAAGACUUCGUCUGGGGCUGAAUCCACGUGACCAUCCCUCCACAAUGAAUGGAGCCGCAGAUCCUUGUACGUCCUCUCACUACAGCAAAGUAGGGAGAGGACCUCAGCAUGAAAGUCACAACAUAUUUCCUAGAAAUUACAGUGUCAGCCAAGAUGACUCCAAUCCCACGCAUGAGUGGAGGACUAGUACAGAUCUGGAUGAGCUGCUGACGGUGACAUCCCUGCAAGCCAAAGUAGCUGUGUUGGAGCAGAAGCUCCAUGAGACUAGUCUGGAGCUCCAGAGAGUGUCGGGGCUCCUGAAGGAGCAGCAGAAGGAAAGCAGAAGGAAAGAUGAGAAGAUAGAGCAUCUUAUCAAGAACCCUGCGGUGUGGGUCCGUGCAGAGAAGGUGUUGGUAGACCAGGAUGCAGAUGAGAUGAUGGUGAGAUCCCUUGAAGCAGAUUAUGGUAAAGCACCCUGCUUUACUGGUACAAGAACAGUUAAUACAAAUGGUCAAACAAGUCAGCAACACAAGCCUGUAAUCAGUUCAACGUCAACUGAAAGAAGUCCACCAGUCUCUGUGGAAACUUCAGAUGCUUCAGCUGAAAGUACAGACACAGUGGUGUUGAUCCACCACAUAGAGAAGAUAAAGAGCCUCCUGGAUCAGCAGUGGAAGUGUUUGUUUACAGAGAGUAAAUCAGGAGAACAGGGCAAACCUCUAAAGCACCCAGAUCCCAAAGUCAACUCUCUACAGCAGGAGAUGAUGGGACUUGUUGACAUCCUCACGUCUUUUUACAAACAGCAUGGAGACAGUGAUGGUAAGAAGAUUCGACAUGCAGCCUCUAAAUCCAUCCUGCGGACAGAAGGAUGUGCCCAGACGUCGAAAAACCUACAUUCUGGGGGUGUUAAUGAAGGUAAAAAAAUGGCUGAUCAGGACUGUAUGAGCCAAAGUGUCCGUGGUGAUUUGGAGCAGAGGAACAGUAGCACUAGCCCUGGGGAGGUGGCUGCUGACCAGGUGGAUGCAGACGCAGAGAAGCGAAGAACAGAAGAAGAGAGGCAAAUGGGCCCAGACAGAGAGGCCAAACUGGAAGGAACAGGUGGCGGUGUUGAGUCUCUGGAAGCUAAGUCUGCAGACAAAACGGCCAAGUUGAAAGCACAGCCUGCAGGAGAACAGAUGGAGGGAAACUCUGGCUUGGAAACAACCACCAAAGGCAGAGAAACAGUAAAUCCAGAUUUUAUUUCUGCCUGUCGUUUCCUCAAUGAUCACAUGGACAACAUGGAUAACCCCAAUGAUGACAUGAGGAAGGCCCUGGUUGUGUUGUUCCAGCACUGGUUCAGUGCAGCAGCAGAGGAGGCUUCUGAGGCCAGCAGGGUGGCGGCGUAUCUGAAGCACAUGAAGAAGGAAACACCCUCACUGUUGGCCUUUCUGGUCAACUUGGCGGACGACAAUGGAAACACAGUGCUGCAUUACAGUGUAUCCCACUGCAACUACAGCAUUGUCAGCCUGCUCCUGGAUACAGGUGUCAGUGACGUGAACAUUCAGAACAAUUCAGGCUUCACGGCAGUGAUGCUGGCCUCGCUGACAGCCCCUGAUGGACCUGGUGGAAUGGAAGUUGUCCGCAAGUUAAUGGAACUGGGCAACAUUAACAUUCGCUCCAGCAAGUCUGGGCUUUACGCUCUCUCCCACUCCACACAGACGGGCCAGACGGCUCUGCACUUGGCGGUGAGACAUGGCCGAGUUGUGAUGGUUCGCCUGCUGCUCAGCUGUGGGGCAGAUGCUAACAUCCAGGACAUCGAGGGAACCACAGCCCUGAUGUUUGCAUCUGACAGGGGGCACACACACAUCGCAAGACUCCUGCUGGAGAGAAGUCAGUGCGACCUUGCUCUGACUGAUAAGCGAGGUCAAACUGCGCUUUCCAUCGCCAUGCAAGGUUCCCACACCGAUACAGCCACCCUGCUGCAGGCCCACGCUAAAGCUCGAGCUCUGUAGAGCCGCAUCUGUUGGCAUAUCAGAUCCUCUCACCUGAGUGGCACUUCAAACGCAGACUGAACUGUGCGCUUCCUUUUCUUUCUAAAUGGGAUGAUAUAAUAAUAAGACUGUAUGGCAUCAGUAAGUGAGGGAGAUGAUGGUUGCUGGUGCAGCAAACAGUGAAUGUGCUGUUUUCGUUUGUCUUUACUGCAGAUGUUUAUAGUUAUCUCUGAUCUUUGCACAUUCGUGUAGCAGCUUAGCUCUGCAAACUAUGCAAUGGAAAGAAUAUUUAUUAAGUUUCUUGCAUCAGUCACAUGAGUACUAUCUAAAUGUUUGUGCUUAUAAGAAGAUUGUACCUAUCUGUUUCUAAGGGGGAUUUUAAAUAUUUUCAAGCACCCUUUAAAUACUUCCCACCCUGCAUGCCAACUAAACAGAAACAAAUCCCUGGUGCCGGUAAACCCACCUGUUUAUUUCACACAUUAGCAAUAGCUAUACUGAUGUAUACAAUUCCUG